UUUCAAGUCUUGUGACUUUCUAUAUUAUUCGCGUACCACUCAUUUCCACCGAGAUCCAGCACAUCACACACACACACACACGCAGAAAACCAGUUGUCGUCUUCCUCACCGGCGACAUUGCGAGUAAAAAUGUCCGAUCAGUUACUAAUCGCUUCCGUUUCCGCAUCUGUUAUCGGAUUCAUAUUAAUAUACGCAUUCUUCAUAACCAAAAGUGUCCGGAAAGUUCCUGUAACCGCUGCCGGAAACAGCAACGGUAAACCGUCGUCAGUUACGACGAAAACUGUCUCUAUUCACGGCGAAUGCAGAUCUGUAGACGACGCUGACGUCAUCAUCGUUGGAGCUGGUGUUGCCGGUGCUGCUCUCGCUCAUACUCUCGGCAAGGAUGGGCGCACUGUACUUGUAAUUGAAAGAGACCUUACAGAGCCGGAUCGAAUUGUUGGUGAACUUCUUCAACCAGGCGGUUAUCUCAAACUGAUUGAGUUGGGAUUAGAAGAUUGUGUUGAAGAUAUUGAUGCCCAAAGGGUUUUUGGAUACGCACUUUUCAAGGAUGGAAAGAAUACUCGGCUCUCUUAUCCUUUGGAGAAGCUUCAAGUUGAUGUGGCAGGCAGAAGCUUUCACAACGGUCGAUUUAUACAGAGAAUGAGGGAGAAAGCUUCCUCACUUCCCAAUGUUCAAUUACAGCAAGGAACAGUCUCAUCUCUUCUUGAAGACAACGGUACUAUUAAAGGAGUGAUGUACAAGACCAAAACCGGAGAGUUAACGAAAGCAUACGCACCUCUAACCAUUGUAUGUGAUGGCUGUUUUUCAAAUUUGCGAAGCUCCCUUUGUAAUCCUCAGGUGGAUGUACCCUCUUGUUUUGUUGGUUUGAUAUUGGAGAACUGUCAACUACCAUAUGAGAACCAUGGGCAUGUUAUUUUGGCGGAUCCGUCACCCAUCUUGUUCUAUCGAAUCAGUAGUACAGAAAUUAGAUGUCUGGUUGAUGUACCCGGUCAAAAAGUACCCUCUCUUUCGAACGGAGAUUUGUCCAAGUAUUUGAAGACCUUUGUUGCUCCUCAGAUCCCUCCGGAAUUGCAAGCAGCUUUUGUAGCAACAGUUGAUAAAGGAAACAUAAGGACAAUGCCCAAUAGAAGCAUGGCAGCUGCACCUUACCCGACUCCAGGUGCUUUGUUAAUGGGUGACGCAUUUAACAUGCGCCAUCCUUUGACAGGUGGCGGAAUGACUGUAGCCUUAUCUGAUAUAGUUGUUCUACGCAAUCUUCUCAUGCCUCUACAUGAUCUGCAUGACUCGUUUACUCUCUGCAGUUAUCUCGAGUCCUUUUACACUCUGCGUAAGCCAGUAGCAUCCACAAUUAACACAUUAGCAGGAGCUUUGUACAAGGUAUUUAGUGCUUCACCUGAUGAAGCAAGGCAAGAAAUGCGAGAAGCGUGCUUUGACUAUCUAAGCCUCGGAGGUGUGUUUUCAAAUGGACCCAUAUCUUUGCUCUCGGGUUUGAACCCUCGACCCUUGAGUUUGGUUGUACAUUUCUUUGCGGUGGCAAUAUAUGGUGUUGGGCGGUUGUUACUUCCUUUCCCCUCCAUUAAACGAAUGUGGAUCGGUGCCAGAUUGAUCUCGGGAGCUUCUGGAAUUAUAUUUCCUAUUAUUAAGGCAGAAGGAAUUAGGCAGAUGUUCUUCCCUGCAACAGUGCCUGCAUAUUACAGAGCUCCUCCUACUCAAUGACCUGCUUUUAGGACAAUAAAAAUAAAAAAAUAAUGAAAAAAAAGUAUGAUGAUGUUUUCUCAUUUCUUAUUCUUUGUUUCUUUUGUUGGGUUUGCAUUCAGUUUGGUAUUUCAUUAGAUUUUGCAUAUAAAUGUGUUUUGUAAUAUAAUCGGUCUUUUUUUGUUUCUAAA